AUGCUUGUCGCGGCACUCGUCCCCUUCUUCAUCACCACAUGUCUCUCGUUACAGCUCGGCUCCCCCAACUUGUACCGCAAGGGCGACAAGGUGGAGGUGUUGGUCAACAAAAUCGAGUCCGACAAAACCCAGCUUCCCUACGGCUACUACAACUUGCCGUUUGUGUGUCCUCCCGCUGCCCACAACAGACCCGUGCCGUUGUCGUUGGGCGAAAUCUUGCGAGGCGACAGGAUCUGGGAAAGCAACUACGACCUCCAGUUCGGAGUCGAUAUGCCAUGCAUGCGUCUUUGCGACCUCAUAACCAAGGAGCUGGGCAUCAAGAAGGCUGACAGCCUCAUCAAAGACGGCUACGUGGCCCACUGGUUGCUCGAUGGCUUGCCAGGAGCCACCACCUUCGUGUCGUCCCACGGCAGAAACAAGUACUACGCUGCAGGCUUCCCCCUUGGAUUCGUCAAAAACGACAUCAGCUACAUCUACAACCACGUCAUGCUCGUCAUACGGUACCACCGUGACCGUGCCAGCGGAGCCUCCGCUAUCGUGGGCUUCGAGGUCUACCCAAAGAGUGUGAGCAACGAAGAAUGCCCUGGCUCUUCCAAGGACUACAAGAACUUUGCCUUGAAAUUCAGCGACCAAAAGUCCUCCAAAGAACCCGAAACCACCCUCAUUCCAUACACCUACUCGGUGUACUGGAGAGAAGAUAACUCCAUCGACUACGAGUCCAGAUGGGACUUGUACUACGAAAACGACUCCAACACCAAAAACCACAGCAUCCACUGGUUCUCCUUCGUGAACUCACUCGUGUUAGUGUUUUUGUUGUCGUUGAUUGUUGCUGCCGUAUUGGUGAAAGUCUUGAAGAAGGACAUCCAAACUGCAUCGUCCUCCUUGCCCACGAGCAAAGACAUAGAUGGCAACAUCAAUGAGGGAGGAAUUUCACGAGCCCUUUUGGAAGAAGUUAACAAGGCUCCACUCUUGCCAUUGCCAUUGGUGGUAUUUGUAGCAUGUGGUGCUCAGAUGUUUCUUGCUACCUUUGGAGUGCUUGUUUUGUUUGUAAUCAACACUAGGUUUAACUUCAGUGGAGCAGCUGCCAAAAACACCUUCUUCAACAAUCAUCAAGGUGCAUUCUACUCGGUCUCCAUGUUUUCAUUGUGUCUCGUGGGUUCUGUGUCGGCAUAUGGAGGCAUUAUUUUACACAAGCUCUUGAACAACCACUAUUUGAACUAUGAAUAUUCACCUAAGAAGACACUUGUGUUGUCGAUGCUCUUCAGUGGAUUCUUACCAAGCUUGGUGUUGUCGGUCAUGUUAUUCCUCAAUUUCUUUGUUUGGGCAAAGCAUUCAUCAAACGCCUUACCAUUUGGUACUAUUUUGGUACUCUUUACAUUGUUGUUCAUCAUUGAAUUGCCCUUGGGUAUGGUUGGUGGGUAUUUUGGAAACAAGCGGAAAUUUGAAGCUAAGUCAAUCCUCAAUACCUCUUCAACAUCCAACAACGACCAUUCUGAUUCCAAAUCCUCAAAGUCUGUUUCGAGAAAUUAUCCAAGAUCGUGGUUGUUGAACCCGCUCAUAAGCACUGCUGUAUUUGGAUUGAUUCCCUUCGGCGUUGUUUACGUGGAAUUAGUGUUCAUCUUCAAUUCGGUUUGGUUGGAGAAAACCACAUUUUACUACAUGUAUGGAUUCUUAUUGAUCAGUGCAAUCAUGUUGAUUAUUGUCAUUGCAGAGUCCACCAUUGUUGCCAUUUACACUUCAUUGGUUUUCUAUAAGAAUCCAAACUGGCACUGGUUAAGUUUUAGAACAGGCUCAUCAAUCGGCUGGUUUGUGUUAGCCUAUUCUACCUACUACUUCUCGUUCCAUUUGAGCGUCAGCGAUUUUGUCAGUGUGCUUUUCUAUUUCUCUUACAUGGGAUUGGCGAGUGCAUUGGUUGGAUUCAGCGGCGGUGCCAUCGGCGUUUUGACGGGGUUGAUAUUCACUAAGAAGAUCUACGGGACUGUCAAAAUCGACUAG